CUCGUUGUAUUUGAUAAGAGGUAUUCAUUAUGUUGCUCGGAGACGUCUUAAUUCUUUUUCUUGUUAUUCUAAUUACCAUCACAAGCUCACAAAAAUGCCCAGUUUGCCAGCCGAGAAAUUUCAUUGAAAACGAACAAAAAUGUGUUUGUCCACAAAACGAGUUUUGUAGAAACAAUAAAAAAUGUCAAAAGUGUGAUCACAAUUACACAACUUGGAAUGACCUCAUCAAGCUACGAAAAGGCGAGAUUCAAACAAUUUUCAGUAAUUUAAUCAAAAGGUACGAAAUAAAUGUAAACGAACUGAAAACUCUAUUGAAUACAUUUGCCGAGAAAUUGAAAUAUGAAGAAAAGGCGCUUGACUUGAUAGGUGCUAACAGUGACAAAAUUCAAAAAGAGAACGAAAUAAUUUUAAAGAAAAUCGAGAAAUUAAAUAAUGGUUUGAACGAAAUCGAAGAAAUUUUAGCGAAACUCGAGACUACCAUUCCCAAAGACCAAAGUGCUUUGGAUUAUUUGACCGAAAUAAAAGAAACAAUAAAAAAAUUGGUUGAAAUAUUAAAAAGUCUGAACUUUGAUUUAGGUGAUCGCAACAUUUUCAGUCUUGUUGAUGAAUUUAGUGCUAUAAAUCGUAAUGUUACAAUGAUGCUUGCAAAUUUUCCAAAUGUUCGCAAAAACUCGCUAAAUUUGGCUCUUUCUACCGAAAAAGAUAUCGACUUGUUGGAAUCAAUGAUAGCCAAAUACGGGAAUUACCCAACAAAUUUUUCCGAACAAUUACAGAAAAAUACUCAAUGGAUUGAAAAAGAUUUAGCUUAUUUAUUCAAUAUUUUAAACAAUUACUACACGGUAUCUUUUGAUGUAAAUGGAUUGAAAAAUAACGCAACACGGGUUAGAUCAAUGGCCAAAAACGCGUCCUCACGACUGGAUCAACUGCUACAAGAUCAUGAAAAUUUUGAGAAACUUGUACAAAAAGCUAAAAAUGAAACUAAUUUCUACCAAGAAUUGCAAAAUGUGAAACAACGUUUAGAAAGUUUAAAACAAAAAAUUGGCGAGUUCCAACAAUUAUUAGAAAAAAUAAAAGCACACGAAGAAGUGGAGAGGGAAUUAGAUGACCUAACUAAAAAAAUUAAAGAAUUCAAUGAAAAAGAGAAGGAAUUACGUAAAAACAAGCGCGUGAUGGAAAAACUUCGCCAAAAACUGAAUGAAUUAAUAGAAAAAUAUGAGAAGCUUAAGGACGUGAAACCUGUGGGGAAAUUAAUACGCGAAACAAGCGAACAGACGAAGAAGACACAGGAAGUUGAAUCAGUAAUUGCAGACCAUUGUAAAGUCUAAAUAAAAUUAUAAUAA